AUGUCCAAAGCUCGUCCACCAUAGCAGAGUGACUGGCAAGACUAGUUGCCAGAGAGUGUGAUCGUGUUGCCAGGAAAUUCGCUGAAAUUAAAUUUGUGGGGAAGUCAACUCAUUCUUUAUUUAUUUGAAUCAACCCAACUGCGCAUCAAGUUUAGCUCUUUUUUUCAGUUCUAAAGGACUUGUUUCACAGCUUUUGUUGAGAAGUUCGUGUUUAUCUCGGCAUUGUUUCUGGUCAUUUGCCGGUUUAUAUUAACUUCCAUACAGUGUGAAAAGUCGCGCGCUCUGUUUCUGUUUUUAUUCCCACGCGCGCGUCGCUCAUCACGCGCACUUUGAUACAUCGUAACAAUUUCUCGCUUUUCGCGAAAAUGGCCGCAACUACGUUCGAAAUGGACGGAAGUGUAAUGGAAGGGGGGGGACAGAUUUUGAGGGUGUCUGCGGCGCUGAGCUGCAUCCAAGGGGCGUCAAUCAAAAUAAAUAAAAUCCGAGCGGGUAGAAGCACCCCGGGUUUGAGGCCUCAGCAUCUGUCAGGUCUCGAACUGGUGAGAGACAUGUGCAACGGCAAUCUGGAGGGAGCCACAGUGGGAUCCUCUGAAAUUACACUCACUCCUGGGAAAAUUAAGGGUGGGAAUCACAUCGCCGACACUCAGACGGCCGGAAGCGUGGGACUGCUGCUGCAGGUAUCGCUGCCGUGCGCCCUGUUUGCUCAUGGUCCGUCUGAGCUGUGCCUGAAGGGAGGAACCAAUGCUGAGAUGGCACCUCAGAUCGACUACACAAUGAAGGUCUUCAAACCAAUCAUGGAGAGAUUCGGAGUUCAGUUUGACUGCGAUUUAAGAAUGAGAGGUUACUAUCCUAAAGGGGGUGGUGAGGUGGUGAUCAAGGUGAACCCUGUGAAGGAACUGAGUCCCAUCAACUUGACCGAAAGAGGAAACAUCACCAAGAUCUAUGGAAGGGCCUUUGUUGCUGGAGUACUGCCCUUCAAGUUGGCGAAGGACAUGUCCACGGCAGCGGUUCGCACUAUCAGGAAAGAAAUUAAGGAUCUUUACAUCAACAUUCAGUCUCUGCAAGAGAAGGACAAGGCCUGUGGGAACGGCAACGGGAUCAUAAUAAUUGCAGAAUCAUCCACCGGCUGCAUAUUUGCAGGAUCAGCUCUUGGCAAAAAAGGCGUAUAUGCGGACAAAGUUGGCAUUGAGGCUGCUGAAAUGUUGCUAAGGAACAUCAGACAUAAUGGUUGCGUGGAUGAGUUCUUGCAAGACCAGCUUAUUAUUUUCAUGGCCUUGGCGAACGGCACAUCCAGAAUGCGAACGGGUCCAGUCACCCUCCACACGCAAACAGCAAUCCACAUCGCUGAGUUGCUCACGAACGCGAAAUUUGUCAUACGCAAAGCAGAGGAUGAGCCAGGCAACACCGACACCUACAUCAUCGAGUGCCAGGGAGUGGGCACAACCAAUCCUGGCUUGUAAACGCACAGAUCCGUCUCCUUGGCUUGUCCCCAGCCGAGAUAAGGAGGACUUGUAGCAGAGACACACUACUACUGUAACCGAUUGGACGACGUGAAGAUCACUUCAUUAUCUUCACGUUGUUUUCGAUUACAGAUUAGCUUUUUUUGCGCUGACCACCAGGUCAGUACAUAUUUGUCCCUUACGACUGUUGUGUCCCCCACCCCCCCUCUGAAACUUUUGUUGUUACUCAGGGUAUUGCCUUACACUGUAAUGAAAUGUCAACUUCGGAUAGUUUUUGAACUCGCAAUAUUCGCCCAAUCCUGACAAAUUUGCUUUCCGUACUCUUAACACAAGCCUUAAAGUUUCAUUAAACCCUUUCGAUACCGCGGUCCGUCGUUAACGAUAACUAUAGCCUAACCAAUUCGCAUGGACGUAGUAAAAUACAUGUAUGUCACUGGUAAAUUUAGUGCACUGUGUGUACGUGGAGGAAGUUUUCCAUCCGAGUUUUUGGUUCCAUGUAGCUGCUUUUGUUUUUUUGUAUUUUGUUAUUUAAGUCUUUGUGUUGGGAAGGAACACAUUUCCGAAAUUCCAUUGCCAUCUUAUUCUAUUUCCAUUGAAGUUCUUUCAUUUGAAUUCUGAAAAUGUUUCAUUCUUGGUUUGUUAUUUAUAAGAUGGAGUUUCAGAUUUUUUUUAUGCAUUGGUUUUUUGGGCUACUUUAGGUGUUCUUUUGUUAUUUGCAUUAAAUAACUUUGUUUUGUUUUUUUGAGGAGAAAAAUACAAUAAAAUGAUUGAUAGACAUACAA